GCAGAAGCCGAAGCCGAAGCCGCAACCUGCAAAACCAAGUCCACCUCCGCCUCCGCCUCCGCCUCCGCCUCCACCCACCACCACCACCGCCGCCGCCGCGCCGCCGGAGAUGAACAGGAUGACGGCGCCGCACGGGGGGAUGCCGCCGCCGCCGAUGCCGGCGGCGGGGGGGCUGGCGAGGUACGGCUCGGCGCCGGGGUCGCUGCUGGCGUCGAUCGCCGACUCGGUGAUCCGGGGCCGCGGGGUUGGGGUUGUCGAUCAGCUGCAUCAUCAUCAGCAUCAGCAUCAGCUUCCGCCGCCGCCGCCGCCGCAGCAGCAGCAGAUGGUGGGGAGGUACUUCUCCGCGGAGUCGUCGGGGCUCACCUCCUGCGAGUCCAGCUGCCGGACGACGACGACGACGUCCACAGCGGCGGCGGCCGAUGUCGGGCGGCACCCGCUCGAGCGCGCGUACGGCGGCUCCGGCGAGAUCCACGUCGACGCCUCCUCCGCCGCCGUCCCGCUCUUCCGCCACAGCAGCUCCCCCGCCGGCCUCCUCUCCCGCCUCAUGGCUGACCCGCACGGCAAUGGCAUGGCCGCGACGAGAGGGAUGGGCGGCUACUCCGGCGGCGGCGGCGACGCCGGCGCGAUGGCGCACAGGAGGCUGAGCUCGCAGUGGAGCUUCUCGCGGCAGGACCUGCCGCAGAUAUCGGAGAUGGGCGGCCUCAUCCCCGACAUCGGGGAGAGCAUCGUCACCGGCGGCGGCGGCAACAGCUCCAGCGAUGGCGCCGGCCACGGCGCGCAGUCCUCCUCCUUCCUCUCCUCCAGGAACUUCUCCAUGAGCUCCUGGGACGACACCAACUCCAUCAUGUUCUCGCCCCCGAGCAGCAGCAAGAAGGCCCGCGUCGCCGCCGCCGCCGCCGGCGACCACGGCGACGACAUGGUCUCCAGCUUCAGCAACAUCGACUCCCAGUUUGGCUUGUCGAAGCAGUCGUCGCUGGAGAUGGCCGGCAUGGAUGACUUCUUGCAGCUCCAGCCAGACUCCGUCGCCUGCAGGGCCCGGGCAAAGCGCGGCUGCGCGACGCACCCGCGGAGCAUCGCUGAGAGGGAGAGGAGAACGAGGAUUAGCAAGAGGCUGAAGAAGCUGCAGGAUCUCGUGCCGAACAUGGACAAGCAAACGAAUACAUCAGACAUGUUGGAUAUUGCUGUAACCUACAUCAAGGAGCUUCAGGGCCAAGUUGAGAAGCUAAAACAUGACCAAGCAAACUGCACUUGCUCAGGCAAGCACGAUUGCUGAGGCUGGAGAACCAGAUCUCCGAGCUAAUGUUGUAAUGAUGUGAUUGGUGAACCCAAAGUUUUGCUUCAGAAGAUUAGGGUGUAAAAGCACUUCACAUGUCAAGUGGCCUCCAUGCCUCGCCCUCCCCUUUAUCGGUUGUGUUAUGGACAGCGUCAAUGACUUGAAGAGUAGGCGGUGACAAAGUAGAUUAAUUGUUGUAUUUUAAUUGAUGUAAGGCAGUGGCUUGUAUGUAAAAUCAUCCAUUUCAACGCCAAUGGGAUUGCUUCUUAUUAUCAUUGCUCUUAUUAAAAGUAUCCUCCUCUUUGGCACCAUUUUUGUGAAUUACCGACUCAUUACUGUUGUUUUUGCUGUAAAUCACCUUGUAUGUCUCCUUUUCGUUUUUCCAACAAACUUAUUAGUUGUUGUGUCA